ACCCAUCUUAUUAUAUUAUCCUGGCGGUGUAAUGGCCGGUAACUACAAAGAACGUUCAUUACGUCGCACAAAGGCACAGAUAUAUAGCGAAUCCUUCGUUCUGUUUUUCAGCUGAACGGUUCUCCUCCCUUAUUUUCUCUCAUGUUGUUCUCCCGCCUCUCUCAGCGCCCCUCGACUCUCGAGGCUCAUGCUUCAGUUCACAUCUCCUUGAGAGAGAUGACUCCUACGUCAGCGUGUCCCAAUGGCGUGCGCGAUGACCCCGAGUCGCGAGAACCGUUUGAAAGAGAAGAGACCAAGAUUUCAUAUUCUAUGGAUGAGUCAGAGGACGAGGCUUUGCAACCUCCUUCGACUCCAUCCACCAGCAGUUUUGGUCGUUCAUCAAUGUGGCCCUCUAUCCUUUCAUGCAUCCCCUCCUUACGUGACACUCUCCCAUUCCCCAAUUUUCUCCGGGACAGGCUGUCCUCAUCAGCUCGCAGGCGCCGCCACCUCAUCACCCUCGGAAAACGACCCGAGUUGCAGGUUCAGAUUCAGAAGGAGUUCAUGAUGUUUUCAGGCUCGGCUUCGAGUGCAUGCACCCCUGACCAAACAACCUUCAGGUCGUCGUAUCCUCCCUGUCUAGUGGCGGACUGUGAGGAUGGUGACAAUGGUCAACCACAUUUCAAUAUCUAUGCAUCAUCUGGAUUGUCCAAUGCUGCUCCAUGGACAGUGAGGGAUAAGAUUAUCACGCUUUCUGCCAAUGGAUUUUCCCCGCCUCCGCCACAACGCCGAACAUUCGUAUCCAAGGAUGUCGGGGUGAGGGAUCCAGCGUUGCGGGUCCCAGCCGUAAUGGGGGAACGAUUUUCGGCUCAAUUAACAGUCCUUGGAUGCUUUAUCUAAUACACUGUAUUCCAUUCUACCGUCACGGCCUCAGUUACUAUUUGUAAGCCAGACUCAGCGGUAACAUAUUGUUUUCUCGGUUCCACGAACUUUCGAUGGCCCUUCCGUGUACGGUAUCAGGGGGAUCAACGGG